AUGGCCGGCCAGCAUGCAUCAGGGUUUAAUCCCCAUCCGCCGGGCUUCCGUUACAAGUUUCUCGCGACCACGCUAGGCGCAUCGAUGUGGUUCUUCCUAUUCUAUCGCGCAAGGAAGGAUGGACCUAAGCUUCUAGGCUGGAGUCACCCAUGGGAAGCUCAUGGGCAUGAACACGGGCACGAAGCAGCGCACAAUGAGCAUCAUUGA